AUGACUUACCUACUAUGGAACUGCCGUGGUCUUGGGUCAGACACGGUAGUUAGGGCCCUUCGUGGGCUGAUUCAAAAGCAUAGACCCACUAUGAUCUUUCUGUCUGAGACUAAAAUGAAAGAUCAUAGGCUUGAUGGUAUUCGAAGGAGAUUGGGUUAUUCUAAUGGUUUUCAUGUUCCUCCGGUUGGCAGGGCGGGGGGAUUGAGUCUGUGGUGGCAAGAUUCGCUCAGGGUUAUUGUCGUCUUCUCAUCGAAGCAUGUCAUUGAUGUUUGUUAUUAUCUUGAAGAAGUUGGAUCCUGGGUGAGAGGUACUUUUGUUUAUGGCACUUCCUAUCGUGCCGAAAAGGUGGAGUUUUGGAAUUGGCUCCAAAAUUCGUUUGGCCCGACGGAUAUCCCGUGGCUUUGUGGCGGGGAUUUUAACGAAUUCAUGUGGGAUUCUGAAAAAUCUGGAGGAACCAGUGUUUUGUAUAAUAGACCUACCUUUCUUAGUAAUUUUUUGUCCGCGGCGGAGUUAAUGGAUCUGGGAUUCAUAGGGCCUAAGUUCACUUGGCGUGGGAUAAGGGCUGGGCAUCUGAUUGAGGAAAGGUUGGAUCGGGUAGCUGUUAAUGUUAGGUGGCAGGACCUCUGGCCCAAUUCUGUGGUCGUUCAUGAAUCGGCUAUUGGUUCUGAUCAUUGUCCAGUGGUGGUUCAAUCUAAGCCUCCGUUCCGAAAGGGUAAAAGGCCUUUUCGAUUUGAGGCUUUCUGGGCUAAGGAGGCAGAUUGUCGAGAUGUUGUGCAGAAUAGUUGGAGUUUGCAAGGCAAGGAUAACUGGGUGAAAUGGCUUCGGGAGGGUGCGAACACGGCGUUCUUCCAUAGUACUACUCUCCAGAGGAGGAGGCUGAACAAGGUGGCCAAAUUUAAGGGGGAUGACGGGCUUUGGGUGGAGGAGGAGAAUCAGGUUUUGGGUAUAGUGGAGGAUCAUUUUCAAGCCUUGUUUACCUCGGCGGGCAGCAGGGAUUGGGGUGAUACGAUUGAUUGCAUUGUGCCUUUGGUGUCGGACGGGAUGAAUGCUGAGCUUAUUAAACAGGUGUCCGAUGAGGAAAUUAAGGAUGCUGUUUUUCAAAUGGGUGGUUUGAAAGCUCCGGGGCCGCAUGGUUUCCAAGGUAUCUUUUUCCACUCCUACUGGGAUAUCAUAUUGGCGGAGGUGAAGGGCUUAGUGGGGGACUUCAUGAGGGGGGUGGGCAUCUCUAAGCGGAUUAACUCUACGCAUAUUGUGUUGAUUCCUAAAGUUGCCAGUCCGGAGUCUGUGGCUCAGUACCGGCCUAUCAGCUUGUGUAAUUUUUCUUUUAAAAUUCUUUCGAAGGUUUUGGCCAAUAGAUUGAAGCCGCUGCUGCCGGAGUUAAUCUCGCUUAUGCAGAAUGCUUUCGUUUCGGAUAGGCAAAUCCAAGAUAAUAUUGGGAUCGCUCACGAAUUGUUCCAUUUUCUGAAACUGCGGAAAACUAAGCGAAAGUUUGAAUUGGGUAUUAAAAUUGAUAUGCAUAAGGCAUAUGAUCGGGUUGAAUGGGACUUUUUAGAAGCGGUUCUGUUGAAAUUGGGCUUUUGUAGGGGCUGGACGAACUUGAUUAUGAAUUGUGUGACUACUGUGGAGUUUGCUGUGUUACUAAAUGGGAAACCUGGGCAGCGGUUUACCCCUUCUCGGGGAAUCCGGCAGGGUGAUCCUCUUUCACCUUAUUUGUUUCUCUUAUUCCAUUCUCGGAAUGAAUUGGUUUCUGAUCCGGGGGAUUAUCUCGGUCUUCCGGCUAUUUGGGGAAGAUCUAAAAGACAAAGCCUUGCUUACGUGAAGGGAAGAAUGCUUGGAAAAGUUCAGGGAUGGAAACAGUCUUCCUUGUCUCUUGCGGGUAAAGAAGUAUUAAUUAAAGCUGUGCUUCAAGCUAUUCCGUCUUACCCUAUGAAUUUGUUCAAAUUCCCGAAGGCUGUGUGUAAUGACCUGGACUCUAUUGCUGCUCGGUUUUGGUGGGGAGAUUCUGCAGACCGAAGGAAGAUCCAUUGGAUGAGUUGGGAUCGAUUGAGUCGGCCUAAGUGUGAUGGAGGUUUAGGAUUUCGGAACUUCCAGGAUUUUAACGACGCUUUGCUGGUCAAGCAAUGUUGGCGGCUUAUUCAUAAUCCCAACUCUUUAUGGGCUAGGACUCUUAAGGCCCGUUAUUUUCCAUACUCCUCCUUCCUUGAUGCUAAGCUUGGGAGUCGGGCCUCGUGGGCUUGGGCUAGCCUAUUAGUGGGGCGGGAUAUCCUCAAAGCUGGGGCCCAUUGGCAGAUUCUGAAUGGCAGGGAUACUAGGCUGUGGAUUGAUAGAUGGCUGCCUUCACUCCCUCUUGGGCAUCCUGUUCCCCGUGGUAAUAUUCCUGUAUCUGUGAAUAUGAAGGUUUCCUCCCUUAUUAGGGAGAGUACCGGAUCCUGGGAUAUAGAAUUCUUACACCCUUUCAUUUCAGAGGAGGAGAUCACUGAUAUACACGCCAUUCAUUUGGGAUCUCUUUCUUCCUGUGAUCGUCUGAUUUGGCCUCUGGAGAAAGGGGGCUGUUACUCGGUUAGAUCGGGCUAUCACUGGCUUCACUCUCGGCGGCUGGGGGUGGGAGCUUCUACCUCUUCUGAUGCUUUGUUUUGGAAGGGUGUUUGGAAAAUUGAUGCUCAUCCCAAAAUUCGUAACUUUAUCUGGAGAGCAAUCAAUGAGAUGUUGUCCACUAUGUGUGGGUUAUUCCUGAGACGAUCGACCUCCUUACCGGUGUAUCCAAUCUGUAAAUCUCAGGAGGAAUCGGUAGUUCAUAUGUUGCUGCUUUGUCCUUGGGUGGCUCCCGUGUGGUUUGGGGGGCAGCUCGGGCUUCGGUUUUCUGGGAGUGGGCCUUCUUCCUUCCUCGAUUGGUUCAAGGGUCUUUUUCUUGGGGGACCUUAUACUGAGGAUAGGUCGAGGAUCAUCUCGGUUUUUGCCUUUUCUUGUUGGCACAUAUGGAAGGCUAGGUGCAAUUUUGUUUUCAAUGCUGUAGCGGUUGUCCCUUCCCAGGUGAUGCAUGCUAUUUCUUUCUCUGUGGCUUCCUUCUGGGAGGCUAAGACUCCAUGCUUCCAACGAGUCACUUCUUCUAUUGCUGAUCUUGGUCUUGCUCCUCGUUGGUGUCCCCCGCCUUAUUCCUUCAUCAAAAUUAAUGUGGAUGCUAGCUGGUCCCCGGUUGAUGGUAAGGCUUGUUUGGCUGCAGUGUUGCGUGAUCAUGUGGGCCAGUUUGUGGCGGCUCAUAAGAUCGCUGUUGCGGUGCAGUCGGCGUUGUUUGCGGAGGCUAUGGCUAUGCUGCGGGGGUGCGAGUUGGCUGCCAAGUUGGGAUUUCAAAGGGUUAUUACGGAAUCGGAUUCUUUGGAGGUUGUCUCUUCUUUGCGGGGGGAUAUUUCCAAGGGCAGAUGGGAAGUGUUCCCUAUUCUUCAGAAUAUUUUGAGUGUAGGGGUCUCUUUUCAGGACUGUCGCUGGUCUUGGGUUCCAAGACUGGCCAACCAAGCGGCGGACCUUUUGGCGUCGAGGAAGAAUAUGGAGAUGUGCGAUCACUUUUGGGACCGACGUCCCCCAUCUUCAUUGGUUCACAUUCUCGAUAAGGAUGGCCUUCCAUGCCCCCCGUAA